AUGAUUUCUGGAUUAACUUCGACAAUAAAUCAAGCGAAAAUCGGUAUGGUGAAAACUUUAUCUGAAUUGCUAAUGGCGAGGAUAGAUGAUUUAAUAUACAGUGAAUUGCUUAUUUUUUCUUUUUUCUUCUCCGUACUUAUGCGGCAGGUGCGUUCGGGCAAAAUUCGUGAAAUAUGUGGUGGAUUUGCUGGUAUUUCAUUGGUUUACUAUUUUACCAGUUGGAAGCUACUGUAUUCUCUGCUUAUUGUGAUUAUAAAUAUCAUUAUAAAUUCGGCUGUGAAGAACCGGUAUUUACCUCUGGUAUCUUUCAUCAUUACAUUCGUUUAUUUGGGAGUUCUUCGAGCUAUACAUCUGGUCGGGUUUCCAGCUCUUGUUUCUCAUUCAAAUGCUGUUCAGCUAAUUAUGACGUUAAGACUCAUUGGUCUAAGUUUCGAAAUUGCUGACAGUAGAAGAAAAGAUGAAAUUAAAUUCGAUCCAAGCAGGACACGAUUCAUUAAACAACCGUCAUGGUGGCAGGCAAUUUUAUAUGCAUAUAAUUUCCCAGGUCUUUUUACUGGUCCAUAUUAUACAUAUGCAAUGUACCGAGAUGUUGUCGAUAAUGAUAAUAUAAUGGAAAUACCCGUUUGGAAACAUAUUAAAUGGCGUUUAUAUAAUUUUGCUUGGUCUUUACCUGCUUUUAUUGUACUUUUACAUGCUUUCCCUCUUGAAAUGAUGCGUAGAGAUAAGUUUUUCGACGAAACACUCUAUUAUCGCAUAUCGGUUAGUUUCAUAGUAUUUUUGUGGAUGCGAUGUCGUGUAUACAGUGCAUGGAUGGUUGCUGAAUCAAUCUGUGUGCUGAAUGGAAUUGGAAUUUAUCCAGAAGAAAGUUGUCCUUCGGCUGGGAAAGGACCCAAUAGAAUUGAUAUUUUAAAAGAACAGAUGAAUAAAAAGGGAACAAAGUACAAUUCGGAAGCAAUACGUAAUUUGGAUAUUUGGUCGAUCGAACUGAGUGCUACAUUUCGAGAUGGUAUAAGGGCUUGGAACCGUACCGUUCAAUUCUGGCUUGCAAACUAUGUGUACAAACGUGUACCGCGAUCUUUGGGGAUGUUACUGACGAUGUCAGUGAGUGCAUUUUGGCAUGGCAUACAUCCGGGCUAUUUCUUAUCCUUCCUCACAGUUCCUUUUUGCACAAUGGCAGAGGACAGCAUCCUAUCAUUAGUGCCAAAGGACCCUAAUGGCAAAUUAUCGCCUUUGUUCAUUGUUUUUUGGUAUUUGAUACGACAGCUUGGCUUUGCGUUGAUGGCGUCAGGAUUUCUAUUACUGACGUGGCAUGAUACAAUUCGUUAUUGGAAUUCGGUAUAUUUCCAUGUACACUGGAUUAUGAUCAUAGUUAUUACAUUUUCAUGGUUUUACAAAUCAUUAAUGAUUUCAACAGGAAAUAAGAAAUCAUUUAAAACUGAUAUCAAGAUGAAAUUAAGCAACAGUGAGAUUCCAAAGGAAGAAGCUGGUGAUUCAGUAGUUAAAAAAAUGAAUUGA